GGAGAGGCAAGAUCACACUGCCGAGUGCUGACAGGCUGGAAACAAAUGAAACAAGCGAGCGUCAACACCAACGGCUGUCUCUUUCCCACCAAAUUAAUUGUCAUCAAACGUCGUAGAAAGCUUGUAGAGGAAGGCCCAGGUGGGGCCGUGGAGUGGCUCAGUACAAGGGGGUGUGUUCUCACCAUCACCCGUGCCUCUCCUCCCCCCUGGAGAAGGCCAGCAGGAUCAGGAUGUCGGAGGUUAGAGAGCGUAGCCCCCGCCACCAGAGACCCUGGUCAGUGUACCGGGCCAACACCUUUGACCUCUCCUCUGAGAUGAUCGGCCUGGCACUCGCAGGGAACAGCCAGGAUCCAGAUGAGCCUGUUCUAGAGUUCAGUGUGGCCUGUAAUGAGUUGGUGACCCCAGCUCUGGAGCGGAAACCCAACAGCUUUGUGGCAGUCAGCUGCACCACCCCUCCCCAGGCCUUCUGGACCAAACACGCCCAGACGGAGAUCAUCGAGGGCACCAAUAACCCUAUAUUCCUGAGCAGCAUAGCCUUCUUCCAGGACUCUCUGAUCAACCAGCAGACGCAGGUCAAGCUGUCUGUGUACGACGUCAAGGACCGCUCUCAGGGCACGAUGUAUUUAUUGGGCUCAGCUCUGUUUCCUGUGAAGGAGUUGCUGCAGGAGAAGAACCACAGGUUACACCUGACCCUGAGAUCUGCAGAGAACAAGCACGUGGGGAACAUCACCAUCAUUGCCUGGCAGAUAGAGGAGAAGAGGGAUCAGAGGACUCUGCCUGUUGCCAGGUUACCAGACGCCAUCAACGGCAGGACCGUGCUUCCAGUGGAUGAGAGCCUGACCGAAUCCAUGGGUGUCAGAGCCAAAUAUGCAUCUUUAUGCAAAGACACCCUGCUGACAUCAGUGUUUGGAGGCACCAUGUCCAGAAUGUACCGUUUCCCCACCACGGACGGUCACCACCUGCGGGUGCUAGAACAGAUGGCUGAAAGUGUGUUGUCUCUCAACAUCCCCAGACAGUAUGUCAAACUACUGCUGGAGGAGGACGCUGUCAGGGUUUGUGAGCUGGAGGAGCUGGGGGAGUUGUCACCAUGCUGGGAGAACCUACGACGACAGAUAGUCACUCAGUACCAGAACAUCAUCCUCACGUACCAGGAGACUCUCUCUGACCUCACCAACUACAAGGGUCCAUCAUUCAAGGCCAGUAACCUGAAGGCAGAGAGGAAGCUGGAGUUCAUACCCACCAACCUUCAUGUCCAGAGGAUGAGGGUGCAGGACGAGUCUGGCUUUGACCACACGUAUGACGUGGUGACUAUCGGGGCUCCCGCCGCCCACUACCAGGGCUUCAAGAACAGCGGCCUGCGCAAGCAAAUCACCAAGUUCGAGGAGGCCAAGAAACACGUUUAUGAGGAAGAAUGCAGUGCCCUGUCCAGCUGUCAGUCUAUAGUGUACGUCCCCCAGGACAUUGUCCGGGCCAAGGAGAUCAUCUCCCACAUCAACACCCUGAAGACCCAGGUCAGCUACUAUGCUGAGAGGCUGUCCCGGGCCGCCAAGGACCGCUCUGCCAACGGUCUGGAGAAGACCCUUGCCAUCCUGGCUGAUAAGACUCGCCAGCUGGUGACUGAGUGCGACUGCAAACUGCUGGCCUCAGCCAUCCAGGGGCUGAACGCGGCACGCCCCGAGUACAUCGCCUCCAAGGAAUCACCCUCCGCCGACGCCACCGAUCAAGUAGUCCUGCGCAACGACCGGGACACGCUGCUGGCCAAGUGGAGCGGAUGCAACAGCCGGUCCUCGCUGCACGUCGACUGGCACGAGGAGGAGUGGGAGAAGGUGUGGGUAAAUGUAGACAAGAGUCUUGAGUGUAUCAUCCAGCGGGUGGACAAACUCCUUCAGAAGGACCGUCUGCCCGGCGACAGCAGCCAGGGGGACACUACCCCAGGCCACCAGCAGGGCGGCAGCAGUAAGAAAGAUGGCAGCCCCAGUGGCGAGGAGGCUUUCCCAGGGGAGUGGAGCGAGGCCCUGUACCCUCUCCUCACCACGCUGACAGAGUGUGUGGCUAUGAUGAGUGACAAGGCUAAGAGCUCCAUGGUGUUCCUGUUGAUGCAGGACAGUGCUCCUACCAUCGCCAUGGACCUCUCCCUGCAGUACAGACGAGAUGUGGUCUUCUGCCAGACGCUCACUGCCCUCAUCUGUGGCUUCAUCAUCAAGCUGAGGAACUGUCUCCGUGACGAUGGCUUCCUCAGGCAGCUGUACACCAUCGGCCUGCUGGCCCAGUUUGAGUCUCUGCUCAGCACCUACGGCGAGGAGCUGUCCAUGUUGGAGGACAUGUCGGUUGGCAUCAUGGACCUACGGAACGUUACCUUCAAGGUGACCCAGGCAACCUCCAGCUCCUCCCCCGACAUGCUGCCGGUCAUCACUGGCAACCGGGACGGCUUCAACGUCCGCAUCCCGUUGCCGGAGACCAUGUUUGACGCGUUGCCGCGGGAGAUCCAGAACGGCAUGCUGCUGCGCGUCCAGCCGGUGCUCUUCAACGUGGGAAUCAACGAACAGCAGACGCUGGCAGAGAAGUUUGGAGACACGUCUCUGCAGGAGAUCAUUAACCUAGAGAGUCUGGCCAGACUCAACUCCUACUAUCAACAGUUCAAGGAGGUCCUACCUGAGGACUGCCUGCCCAGGUCCCGUUCCCAGACGUGUCUACCAGAGCUGCUGAGGUUCCUGGGACAGAACGUCCACGCCAGGAAGAACAAGAACGUAGACAUCCUGUGGCAGGCAGCAGAGAUCUGUCGUCGUCUGAACGGUGUGCGUUUCACCAGCUGUAAGAGUGCUAAGGACCGCACGGCCAUGUCCGUCACCCUGGAGCAGUGUCUGAUCCUACAGCACGAACAUGGCAUGGCCCCACAGGUCUUCUCCCAGGCCCUCGACUGCAUGCGCAGCAUUGGGACCAGGGAGGGGGUCACCCAGAAGAACCUGAGUGGCCUGUUGCCUGUGCGGGAUUUCAGGCUGGACCCCAGCCUGCUGUACUCCCUGCCCCUGCUGGCCCUCAGCCCCAACCUGCUGGUCGUCUGGCUGUUCCUCAGCGUCGCCUACUUCCUGGCCAAGCUUCGCUGCAGCUGAAGGCACAGCCCCUCUGCCACCCAGCCCCACCUUCUCUCGACCUCUACUCACCUCUUCUCUCUGCCCGUUUCCCCCAGUGUGUCAGUCAGUCAGUCAGGAAGAAAGGCAAAAAGUUAGUUUGUCAGUCAAGGAGGAAGACAGGGAGUCAGUCAGUCUGUCUGGAGCUCAGCCGGGAGAAACCUCUGAUUGGCUGAGGGCAGACCGUGUGUACCUGACUGGACUUUAUGUGCGUCACUCGGCUAAACUGCCAGCUGUUCCACCCAAUGGGCAGCCAGCACUCCUCCCGCCCUGCUCUCUGUCCUAACCAAUCCAGUCAGAGCAGGAGGCUGGUCUAAAGGUCUAUGUGCAGAACUGUAUGAGACUGUUACUGUCAGUGUUCUGACAUAUUUCUCAGUUUAACACCCAUUGUUUUGCAACAAUCAAAUACAAACUGAGAGUAUGGAGAGAAACUUAGUGAAAUAUAGCCGGUAAGAAGUUUUAGCUGAAUUUAAUGGAAGUUUGUCCCAGUUGUCCUUGAGUAUUUAUAAUGCCGCUUCCCAACUCAUGACAUGAUUAUAACCAUGAUAAUAUGAUGUAAUGGAUCCUUUGGUUUUGCACAGAGCUUAUUUUCAGUCAUGCAAAUGUUCUGGCUUGCUUGACGUUUACGUCUUCCAUGCAAUAUCAAGCGGAUGUUGUUUUGAUCUGGUGGCCAUUUUGUUGUUGUUCCUCAGGCCCUUCCUACUCUUACAGCAGGAGAGACUUGUGUCCGCUUUCAAUUUAAACCAAUGCACUUUUGUAUCAACGUUGUCGUCUUAAUGAAGGUUAUUCGCUUGUCUUGCCAAUGGACACAGUUUAUUCUUGGUCAGAGCAAUUUGAAUUGGCUAAAUCUGUGAAUUUAUGAUAUUUCAGGGGAGCUUUGUUGGCUUGUUUGAUUAUGCAGUGUAGUUUUUCCGAAGUGUUUAUUUUUUAGUUGAUAUAAGAUUUCAUGCCUGGACCAAGUUUCCUAUUUACUAUAGAGUUUGUAUAUAUGAAUUGGUUCUUUGUUUGUUUGAGAACCUAUAAGGGUUGCAGUUCUAGGGAAAUGACAGAGAAGAUGAAGAGAAUGUACAUGGGCGAACCUCAAAUGGCUCCCUACCACCAAAUGAUGCACCACCUCUGACCAGUAGUGCACUAAAUAUAGGGGAUGAUUUGAGACACAACCCAUGCUUGUUGUGCCAAAUGUUUUAGCCAGGUCUCAGAUGGUAGAUACAGGUCUUGGAUCUUUAUUCCAGGUCAAAGUAUUACUUCCAGAUCUCCCAGCAGCCCAAAUCCAUCCCACUUCCACAGAGAAGUGCCCUAGAAAGGGAGAUUUGAUAUCAGACUCUUUGGGUUACUUCCAAGCCUUGCACUCUGGACUUCCUGGUCUCUGUCGAGAGAGUCCACACACCAUUAUCAAAUACAGUAGUUGCUAUCUAGUCCCAUAAAAACAUGAUUAGCCAUCUAAUGGUAUAUGCACUCAUUAAUAUGUAGACUAGUGGUAUUAUCGUUUUCCAGCCCCAUAGCCUCUCUCCAUUUUAAUCAGUAUAAUACCUGUCUUCAGUGUUACGUCCCAAGACGGCCACACUCAAUCCAAUCUAAAGUGACCUACUAAAGAAAUGGACCAUCCGUCCCAAAAUAGCCUCCUCUGUGAGAUUGUCACGCUCGUCUUACAUCCCCUCCACCCCUCAUUUCCAACUCCUCGACCCCCACAAUGGAAAACUGGAGGGAUUCUUUUGUCCUUGUUGGUUGAGCUUUAUGCAAGCUUCUUAUAGGCCUCUCACCUGUGUGACUGGUAUGAGAGCUCGGCUGGGUUUAAUGGUGUAUUUAGGUUAAUUCAUUGGUUUGGUUUUGAAUAUUCAGAGGUUUAUUAUUUCUACUGAUUUACAUUAUCGACAAAUACGUACAUGCAGUAUUUAUUUCUCAGUAUUCUACAGUAUUUACUUUUUCAAUCUUGUAAAUCAUUAUUGUAAAUAAUAGAAAUGUAUAAAAUCAGAUCAUCUUUUGAUAAGUAUGCUGGUGUAGAACUACCUCUAUUGUCCCAUGAAAACACCAUCUGACUGUCAGCCAGGGGAGAGAGCCGAGGGACAGCCAGGGGAGAGAGCCGAGAGACAGCCAGGGGGAAAUGUGCUCCAUGACAGCAGCACCCAAGUUCUUCACCAAAUGGCACACUAUUCCCUACGUAGUGCCCUAUAGGGCCUGGUCAAAGUAGUGUACUAUAUAGGGAAUAGGGCUCUGUUUAAGACGCAACCCCAGUCGGUAAAAUGUUAGGAUGGCGUUUGCCUCAACCAAAUGUGAAUUAGCUCGCCCUGCUGGUUAGUAAUGAUACAACAGAAGCUUGCCACCCAGUAAGUCCUAUGAAAAGAUUUGGAUUGCUCCGUUCUGGGGAUACAUGCAAUUAGGAGACCAUUCUAAAGUUGUAGAGAAUUGCAGAAUGUGCUGGUGACAUUUAGUUCUGCUGGUGUAUUUAAUUCCGAUGAAGAAACCCACUGUGUUAAACAUGUUGUAACCAUAGGGAUGCUAAAUCCAGGAAUAUUCCAACUAAAACCAAGUUCUUGACUCAAUUCUCAAGUUUUAUUUUUCUGUUUCUCUUGAAUUCCUUAGUGCUUUUGACUAUAGAGAAUAUAUUUAUAUUGCGUUGCAUUAUAUUUUCAUGCUUGUAUGUCUAAAUGCUCACGUUUGCUAAAUAUAUGUAUUCUUAUGGAAAGUUUGUGAUUACAUUAUCGUCAUGCAGGUGUCACUUUAGAAUUUCUCCCUCUCAUGAUAGUUGCUGUUCCAGAUAUCUUUGUAUUAACCCUUGUCUGGUACUUUGCCAAGUUCCAACCUAAUAUCAGGGUUGCUUGGAUAAUCAUUUAUGAGUAUGCUCUGAAAUACUAUCCUUUCUCCCUUUCUCUCUGAAGUAGUAUGCGUUUCUCCCUUUCUCUCUAAUGCUUCUCUCUGAAAUAGACUUUUCUCCCUUUCUGGUUCUAUAUGAAAUGGUAUGCGUUUCUCCCUUUCUCUGGUUCUCUCUGAAAUAGUAUGCGAUUCUCCCAGUCUCUCUGAAAUAGUUUGCCUUUCUCCCUUUCUGUCUGAAAUCGUUUGCGUUUCUCCCUUUCUCUCUGAAAUCGUUUGCGUUUCUCCCUUUCUCUCUGAAAUCGUUUGCGUUUCUCCCUUUCUCUCUGAAAUCGUUUGCGUUUCUCCCUUUCUCUCUGAAAUCGUU